AUGUCGUACAUGUUAGCUCAUUUACACAACGGGUGGCAAGUGGAUCAGGCAAUAUUAUCCGAAGAAGAUAGAGUUGUGGUAAUUCGUUUUGGUCACGAUUGGGACCCCUCCUGUAUGAAAAUGGACGAAGUCCUGUACAGCAUAGCAGAAAAAGUGAAAAACUUCGCUGUUCUGUAUUUGGUGGACAUAACAGAAGUGCCAGACUUUAACAAGAUGUACGAACUGUACGAUCCUUGUACUGUAAUGUUUUUCUUUCGUAACAAGCACAUAAUGAUCGAUUUGGGCACUGGUAACAACAACAAAAUCAACUGGCCCUUGGAAGACAAACAAGAGAUGAUUGAUAUUGUUGAGACUGUUUACAGGGGGGCUAGAAAGGGCCGCGGUCUUGUGGUAUCACCCAAAGACUAUUCUACCAAAUAUAGAUAUUAA